UUCCUAUCAAAGUCAUUAUGUAUGUGUAGGUAACCAUCAAGUUCGUAUAAUCUCCCAUGAAAGGCUAAAAUCUCAUAACCUCGUAUUGAAUCAUUGAUGGUUGCGCUUUUAUUUGGAAUUGCAACAUACGUUGACGAAAAGUUGUCUUUCACGUCGUACAAUCUAGCCAAUAGCUUACUUAUGCCGUUACAUUGAAUCCACAACUUGUCCGUAAAUAGUAGUCAGAAGCUGACGCCAGCUAAAAGGGGGGCCAUUGCUGGCGAUAAACCCCUACCGCCGACCGCCAUCAUAAGCGUGAGCCUCACAAGAUCAACCCUAUCAUGGGAUAUGUCACGAUACUUUGCUCCGGUCUUCCGCAUCCUAGGAGAACUCAUUGCCGGCUACCCGGUGAUAGCUCAUCGACCAUCGUAGGACACUAAAAGGCACGGGUUUUAAGCAGCGGCUUAAUAUCCAGAUACCACCUCUAAUCUAUCCAGACAGUGUCGAGACUUACUCACUAUCCUAAUUUAUCAUGAUACCCCGACGCUCUAUUUUAGUAGCCGCGAGUGGCACUUUGACGGCUGUUAUUGCCUUAGCUGCGUCUGAGCCCGUCUUAAAUGUCGUUCAGAUCGAAACAACUCCUAAUGGCUUCACGAGUUCACCAAGGGGAUGGAACUCUUUCGGUAUACAGGCCAACCCCAAUACAACGCCGGGCUUUUCAUUCAACCAGACUGGAGUGAUAAGCCAAUGCGACGUACUCGCUCAAACCACUACACUUAAAGACGCCGGAUAUGUAUAUUGCAGUCUCGAUUCUGGAUGGUCUGUAGGUGGCAAUGGCGAUGAGUUCGGACGUAUCAUUUAUGAUUCGUCUAUAUUUGAUAUUCCGAGCUUAGCCAACCACUUACACGCCGAAGACUUACUCCUCGGCGUGUACGUUGUGCCCGGAGCUUUCACUGCCGACGAGGCCAAAACUAUCCUUGGGACGAGCGUCACUAUUGGUUCGGUAUGCUCCGGCGAUAACGGCUUAGCCCGCUGCAAUUUUGACUACUCUCAACCGGCCGUUCAAGAAUGGCACAAUUCUGUUGUGAACCAAUUCGCUUCUUGGGGCGUCGAUUUCAUCAAGCUUGAUUUUGUAACGCCGGGGUCACCAUCAAACGGCGCAAACCUGCCUCCUGACUUGAGUGGCGAGGUCAUUGCGUAUCACCAAGCUAUUGCACAGUCGGGACGGGAGAUACGUCUGGAUAUUUCGUGGAAGCUGGACCGUUCACAGGAGUAUUUCGACAUCUGGGAGACGAAUGCCGACUCUAUGCGCACCGACCAGGACAUCAAUAAUUCCGGGGAGUCAACAUUUGUCUCUUGGGAAGUUGUCCAGCGGGCCAUCGACAACUACCGACAGUACAUUACUACCGUGAUGGUGUAUAAUACAACUCUAACCAUAUACCCCGACAUGGAUAACCUGUUCGUAGGUAAUCCUGCCUCGGUGUCAGGCGUGACAGAUGACGAGCGCCAGACUAUCAUGACACAUUGGCUCGGAGCCGGUGCCAACCUUAUCAUCGGCUCUGAUUUAACCAACCUUGAUACCUUUGGGCUCAAUCUCUUGACGAAUCCAGAUGCUAUUGCAAUUGCUGACUUUACUUCCCACCACCCGAUGCAACCCCGUAACCCGGGAACUGGCCUCCCCGGCUCUCAACAGUUACAGGCGUGGAUCGCUGGGCCAGACGCGUCAGGGGUCGCCGUGGUGGUAAUCGCUAACUACGGCCCAGACGAAGGCCAAGGCGGUUUUGGGACUUCAUUGUCGGGCGUGCAGACUAUUAUGGUAUCAUGGGACGACCUCGGGAUUAGUGGGGGGUUUGAGGUCCAUGAUGUAUGGGCUAAUAAUGAUUUAGGGGCUGAAAGCUCGGGGUUGACUGUGCAGCUUGGGGAAGGACAAAGCGUUUUAUACAAGCUCACUCAAUCAUAGAAAACACCGGAAAUAAUAAUUUCGCGGAUUAAUUAGCUGAGAAUUACUAUUAGAUUGAUCUUAUUCUGCCGUCCUUGUUAGGAUUCUAGAUGAGACGUCUAGUUAUUCUAGGAAGAAGUUAAAAACCAAAUAAGAACCAAAUAGAGUUGACGG